UUGAAUUAAUUAAAUAUAUAAAAUACCUCUAAUCACCAUGGCUCGUUCACAUUUCACUCGAAAACUUUGUCUCGCAAUGACGGCUACCGUCUCUAUUCUGGUGUUAACAUUAGCCGUCUUGGGACUUUUCGGUACUCCAGCCGAUUCUGUCAAGCCCUCAGCCGUCAACUCAGCGGAUCAAUCAACAUUGGAGCUGUUGCAUGUGGUAUUUCGUCAUGGACCACGCACACCUGCCGACACCUAUCCCAAUGAUCCGCAUGUAAAUCAAACAUUCUAUCCCUAUGGAUGGGGACACAUAACAAAUAGUGGUAAACGUGAAUUGUUCAACAUUGGUAGCUGGUUGCGUAAACGUUAUGGUAACUUUUUGGGUAGCCAUUAUUUUCCGGAUCUGAUUCAUGCCCAGGCAACUGGUGUUCCACGUACUCAUAUGAGUUUACAAACGGUAUUGGCUAGUCUCUUUCAACCGAAAAAUACACCCAUGGAAUGGAAUUCGAAAUUUAAUUGGCAACCAGUUCCAGUGUAUUCACAGGAAUUAAAUGAGGAUACGCUAUUAUUGGUCCGUACACCAUGUCCUCGUUAUCAUGAAGCCUUCCAAGAAGUUUUAAGUUCUGCCACAGUUCAAGAAGAAAUUAAACCUCAUGAAUAUUUAUUCAGUGAAUUGACUAAGCUCACGGGAUUAAAUAUAACCGAACCUGAGGAUAUCAAUUCCCUGUAUUUGACCCUGUUAGCUGAG